GUGGGGCAUUUCUAAGCCAAGAACAUCCUCAGGAUGGACCUCAUCCUUCUCUGUGUAUUCCUGCCUCUGGUGACGGUGGCAUGGGGCCAGUAUGGUGACUAUUACUACGGUCCCUAUAACUACGGAGAUAAUGACGAAUGGGUCAAUGUGUACCGGCAAGGUUUCAACUUCCAGUGCCCACAUGGGCAGGUGAUUGUGGCCGUCAGGAGUGUUUUCAGCAAGAAGGAAGGCUCCGACAGACUGUGGAACUAUGCCUGCAUGCCAGCAGCCCAGAGCCUCGGUGAGCCAACAGAGUGCUGGUGGGAAGAGAUCAACAGGGCAGGAACAGAAUGGUAUCAAACCUGCUCAAACAAUGGGCUGGUGGCUGGUUUCCAGAGUCAGUAUUUUCCAUCUGUGCUUGACCGUGAAUGGCAAUUUUACUGCUGCCGCUACAGCCGGAGAUGCCCGUAUUCAUGCUGGUUAACAGCAGAGUAUCCAGGACACUAUGGAGAAGAUAUGGACAUGAUGAUGUACACUUAUGACUAUUACAUCCGUGGGGCAACCACAACUUUCUCUGCUGUGGACAGGGAUCGUCAGUGGAAAUUCAUUGUCUGCAGGAUGACAGAGUAUGACUGCCCAUUUCAAAAUGUUUAAAAAGAUCGAGUGUAUCCAACUUGAAAAGCCUGGGGACAGACGGGGUGGAAUGAGGAUCAGUGAUUACGGGAGAAGGGUGGUUAGGUUUACAAAAGAAGUACCAAGUCUCAUCAGCUGUCUGCUAAAGAUACAAUUCCUUCCCUCUGAAACUAGUAAACAAAUUGCCAGCCCAUGUGCUUGCAACAGUGAUUUUGGAGGAUUUCUUCAAGCAGUACUGGCAAUUGUAUCCCCCAAUUAAAAUUGCUUAUGACAUAUGAUACACUUAUGAUACACAAGUCUAGCAUAUGCAGUUACUUUGUUUAUAGGUGCUUAUAGCUAUUCCGAACACACACAACUUUCACAUAGCAACUUCCUAUAAACUGCUUCCUAGCACAGUUACUCUGAAUAAGGUGGAAACAUACUACAAGCUUUCCAACACCCAUUAGGUUUCCCUGUCUCUGCUUUGUACUUGGAACCAACCCAGUGAUCCCGUGUUGGAGGGUCUCUGCAUCUGGCAUUACCUGUUAGAGCUCUCAACUUAACUCCCUUGCAACAAAAGUUUGCCUGCACAGGGGAAUUCCAGGUAUUUAUAACACUGGAAGAUGUCAAUACCAGAUUAAAUUGAGAGUAGAUCUGUCAAUAAAAGCAGAAGCCUAACCUUCCUUUACUGAGAGUCUCUUCUAUAUUGUCUUUAAAGUCUCUAGUGACAUAACCAGCCAGGAGCUUUACUCUGGACAAACCUAGGAGUAGGGUCAAGCCACUUGCACUCUCAGUAAAUAUAUGUACUGCAGAUGUCAAGGGUCUAUUCUUCAGCUGGAUUGGGUUUCCACUAUGGGUGCCUGUUCAAGAUCCAUCUGCCCUUGGUAAUGUAUUCUUGGCUUAAAAUAGACAAAUAAAGCUGAUGACAUAGGUGAUCUCUAUUCCUUCAAAUAGCAGAUCUCAUCCCCUGUAAAGGAUAAGCUGACUACGUUUCAAGACUGCACAGCACUUGGGCAGCUGUAAUUCAACAAGAAAGACUAUUGAUCUCUUCCAGAAAGAUUUGAGGUAGGAUUUUUGCUCUUGAACAAACCAGGAUUUAGGGUUCAGUUUCUCAGAUGAUUAAGUCAAUACUAAACUUAGCAGUAGCUUCAUCAGUGCUGGUCCAAGGGCCAUGAUGACCCCACGUACCAGCUUAAGGUUGCAAAGCUUCAUAAGAUGCAGUGAUGUCAGCCAGUCCGUUUCCAUGUUCCAAGCAUUUUUAACAUAUUUACUAGCAUAGCCUCAAGUGUGAGUACUAAAACUACACUUGUCCAAUAAAAGAAUAGGUUUUGCAUUGCUGUAGCUUUGUUCUGUCUUGAUUUUACUUACACUAGCUUAUUAAUUUGCACACAAAGAAACCCUCUGUCACAGAGACCGUGAUGGUGAUUAGGGAGUUUCUGUAAGAGCUGGUUGCUGAGUCCUGUAAGUAACAGUGGGAAAGAGAAAUCAAGAGGCCUAGAGAAGCUGGAGAAGUUUGUUAGCUGAAAGUGGUAGGCAGGCAAAUGAAAUCAAGAGAGAUCCAAAACAGACAGCACCAAAGGAGAAAAUACUCACACCAGCGAGUUGAUGGAAAAGGCCAGGCACUAUAAUUAGGCAUAGAAAGAUCAUCUCUGGGAACACCUGCUCUACAUGGACACCCAUUUGCCACACAACUUUAUCUUGGAUACUCUUAUCUUGGCUGUUCUUAAUUCUGUGUGCACACAAUGGGCUCAUGGAGGUCUUUGAGGUGACAGUGCUUAAGGUUAUGUAGACCCUCAGUGCCACAGAAACGAGAUGUUCUGCUCUCUUGUCCACUGGAGCUGCAGCAUCAUAUUGUCCCAUAUGCCACCUUUCUCUCUCAUCCCUGUCCCAGUCACUUCCUUCCACCCAUGCUCUAUUCCCAGCUCCACCCUAGCAGCACAUCUAUGUAGGAUACAUUUCACAGGACUCCUCUUCAGAAACUUAAGUAAUUCUCAGAUGAGGGAAGGUGUGGGUGGGAAACAGAAUGUAUCUUAGGGGAAGGCAGAAAUGGGAUGUAGACCAAAAAAAAAAAACCCAAAAAGCAGAAAUAAGGCAGAGACAGAGUGGUUCCUGUGAAGUCCUAGGACGGCUAGUUAGUAAAGCUAGGAACUGAACUUAGUUUUUAUCCAAGGUUUUAUCUAAGUAGCAGCAUCCACUUCUAAUGUUUAGGUGAUCUUUGCAUGUAGGAAGACAUUGCUCCUAUGCUAAUAAAGUUGCAGCCCAAAUUCCUCAGCACAGAGCAAGGUGAUGACAAGCCUGCCUUGAAAAUGGCCACUGACUUCAAAACUCAAUCAAGCCUGCUUUGACUUCCCUAACCUUUCAAUCUGUGUAGGACACCUUACCAAAUCUGAACGAUCUUUCACUUGAGUUAACACAAACCAGAUACCAUUGCAGGGGUACUAUAUAGAGUAAAAUUCAUCCCUGAUCUGAGAACCAACACAGAACCAAUGCAUUACUGAAGACCCACACAAGCCUAACAUUUUAAAUAAAAUCUUCUUUUUUAAUAAAUAAAACAUCACAAAAUAAAGUCUUCUUUAUUUACUGAAUAACAACGGAAUGGAUUGAAUUCAAACAUCUGAGAGGAAAGCACUCUUUCAUAAAUGCUGAGCAUUGCCCCAGUCGUGCUACAAGGGCUGCAGAUGGCAUACUGUCAGUGUUGUCAGUGAUUUCUUUAGAUAAACUAGGUCAGGGUAAUCUUUGCAUUCACAAAGGAAAACACAGCAGAUUUCAAAAACCAAGGGGAACCUUUCGAGCUUUUCUAACUAUAAAUAAAAAAGGUGUACAAGAAAAAGUGGCAUGGGCUGGCUUUGGAAGAGGAACACUAAACUGAGUCCCUUUGUGGAUCUCCUUUUAUCAGAAACUUGGUGAAGGCCAAGUCAAACCCAUAUUGUGCAUUUGAUCUACUCCUUUUGAAGAGAGGUCUGAAUAAGAGAAUAGCAUAAGUAAUUGGUGAAAUCAGAGACAACUCUAUCAACCUCAAAUAGUCAAAGAGGACAAAUUGUCUUCUCUUCCUCCCAAAUCUCAAGAUUAACUUGACAUUAACCCAUGAGAUAUCUGUAGAAAAAGAGAGCUCUAUUUUUUUCAUAUGUUCUGCAGAGCAUAUAAGUAACUCCCAACAUUUUUCACUUUCAGUACUUUUCAAGUGCUUCAAAUAGUAUAUUUCAAUUACUUCUCAACAACGCCUAGCCUAGAAACUUGUUUUUUGUAUGAAGGUGAGAUUCUUGUUUAUUCACUUGACAAUGAGAGCUGGGAUUAGUUUACAUGACAUCAAACACUGUAAGACUAAGGAUAAAUACAUCAGACUUAACAACACCGCAUUGAUUAAAAAAAGAAAUGGCAAACCCAUAGUUGUGUUGAAAUAAGACAUAUUUCCUGUAAAAUUGAGACCUUUAAACCUCUUCCAGUCCAGUAUUCAGGAUUUUGUAACAUGAGAUAAACCUGGCUGAGAGUCAUGGCAUCACCUAAGCAAAGAGAUGCCAAGACAGCUGAAGGGAAACCAGUCUGUGGAUAAAGCAGAAGUCCUGGCAAAAGACCAGUUGGCUCUUAGGAAAACUUACUCAAAUUUGACCCUUGACUCACAGCCAUUGAAUCCUUUUCUGGCUUUAAACUCUUUCAAGCCCAUAUUUAUUGCACUGGCAACACGUUACUGUACUGGUCUGCAACUUUAAGGCUACAGUACUGUUUGCAAAGAGAGAGUAUGAACAUCACUGGUAGUGGCACUUUAUACUAGAGUUGUUGGUGUGAACCGUAGGCAGGAGGAGUUCUGCUAAUAACACAUUAUCAAACAUAAAACAUCGCUUGUGCCUAGAUUUACUUUCCAAGACAGCAGUUACACAGCCGACUGUUACAGUAUUCUGCACUGUUUCAGGGUACUGAUAUGUGUGUAGCUGAUGAUCUGAAUAGUAAUCUGGACCUAUGCAUCAAGAAAUUUAGAAAAGGCAGUAAGGUUGCCCACAUGCUGAACAUGAAAGUCAUGCACAAGUGCCUGUGGGUCAGAGCCAGCAGGCUUGGCUCUGUCUUUCUAAUCUCUGUAUCUGAAUAUCAUUGAUUAAAAUCUUAUCCAGCUUGUGAACUUUGGCCAAAACCAAUGGAGUUCAGUCGUAAAAGAGUAAGGCAUCUAAAUGCUUCUCAGGUUCUUAGCUUAGCUGUUGCAUCUCUACAAGGAAGACUGGAAAAAUGGAUUUUGACUUAGAGGGAAUAAAUCAAAGAGUGUGCCAAGAACAAGGCACUGCAUACUCUGUUCAUAGUUCUAGUUUCUCAGACAUAAAAGACCUGAAUUGGUCAGGCACUUGGUCUAGAUGAUCAUUGUACGUCUCUUCCAACUGAAAUAUUCUACUCUACUCUACUCUACUCUACUCUACUCUACUCUACUCUACUCUACUCUACUCUACACUACCUGAAAAAUCUAACUGACUUAACUUCACAAAUACCAGGACACACUCUACCUUAUGUUAUCUUUAAAACAUUUAAAAAGAAUAAAGAGAAGCUUUGCUCAGCUUAGCUUUAAAGUCAUGUCAAUAGGUUAAAUCCCAGUAUGUAAAACAACAAGAACAACUACAUUUCUGCAGGAUAUGAGCUUUAAUUUACAUGCAGGAUCAAAUUCUCCAAGUCUUCUUUGAACCAGCCAAGUCACCACACUGCUGAAUGUGGUCUUAAAAAGAUCAUCCAAAAUUGUGGAGAACACAGAAGGUGACACAGGUGCCCAAGAGUUGGAUCUGAGAGAAAAAUGAGACAAAUGACAAGAACUGAAGAGAAAAUAGUGAAAGAGAGACAUGAAGCCACCUGAAGAAUAUGCCAUUAUGUAAUUUCUUAAAAUAAAUGUGUGCUCCUCUAUCUUAGGAGAUGAGAUGACUAGGAUAAUUUAAUACCAGAAAAAUUUCAAGAAUUUGGAUAAAGUUCCCCAAAUAACUUUGCAAAGAAAAAAGCCAGCACAGUAUAUCAAAUGCCAUCCUUGAAAAGCAGAGGAUUUGCCAAGUGAAGCAAACUGAUAAUGUUAAUAUAAUUUUUUAAUCUGUGUUGGGAGCUCUUAACCCUUGACCAAAGAAAACAGAGAGAUGAGAACAGAAGGAAUAAGCCAACAAUGAAAUGUGAGUAGAAGGAGGAGGUGUGAUCACAGAUUAAGAAAGAGGCAAGGGAAAAAAAAAAAAAAAGCACAAAUAAAUUCUCAACGAACUAAAGAAAAUGAUCCUUUGGCACAACAUGGAGUACCAGAAAUUAACUUCUAGCUUUCCACAGUUAUGUGAGGCUGAAUACAAGAUUUUGCUUCAGUUAACAUAAACGUAUUGCUCAAGCUGCUUUAAAGUUCGAAGUUAUUUAAGAUUCUGGCUUGGUUUCAGACCCACAUUGAAGUGAACAAGCUUUGACUUGGAAAUACACCUAUUCAUCAGCAAAACACUGCCUAAAUUAUACAAUUUAUCCAAUAUUAAGUGCUUUUGUCUUCCACUGAAAUUUAACAGAUGCCACAGCCAUGUCCAGGGGUGAAAAAUAUUCCCAUCCACUGGUUUUCAAACAAACAAGCUCACAGGUUUUUUUCCUCCUUAGCCCUUACUUCUGUUUUCAUCUGGAGGCAGGGAACAUGGCCAUGUAAAGCAUCUAAGAUAGCCUUCUGUGAGUCCCAACUUGGUAGACCCAAGCCAAGGUAUCAUAAAGUAGGAGGUAAAGAACUAGCUUCUCCUCUGUCAUUUUUGCGGGCAAGCUUCUCAUCCUCUCGUUUCACAUGAUUUUUCACUGAAGCUCUCUUCCCGUGCUUUCACUGUCUCUCUCCUGUGUUCCUGUUAUUCCUACAGCUAUGGAAAUAUUCUGGUGCAGCAACCUUCUCUGCCUGCCUGCCCUAUCAAGUCAAAUGUAGACUAACUGCAUGUAGCACCAUAAAACCAAUAAAAAACCAACAGCUUAAAAUUGCAUAACACUCUGCAAUUUCAGAUACACAUUCCCACUGCCCAAAGUCUUGGUCAAAAGCCUACUGAUAAUGCGUGAAGCUUAUCCAUUUAUUUUCAUAAAGUUUACACUAUUCCUUGUGUGAGGAAAUACAGCCUUCUCACACAGAGAAAGCUCAUGUAUCUUUUUCAGACCUAAGCCAACAGCAGGCAGGAGGUCCUGCUAUCAUAAAUAAAUAAAUUGUGAUCAUGACCUUGCACAGAAAGUGUCUUUCUUCCUUUAUUUAUCUUUAUUUUACUUAU